AUGGGAAAGAAAAAGGGAGGAAAUAAGAACAAGCUGGCCAAAAUGUCCGAGGAGGAGCGCGCUCGGUAUUUGCAACAUCGAGCCGACAUGGAGGAGGAAGCACGCCGUCGGAAGCAGCAGCUUAUAGCGACGUUUAUGAAGAACAAGCUGAAACGGGAGGAUGCAUUCGCCCGAUUGAAUCUGGCCAAAAUCAACCAGGAGUGGCGCACGAUACUGCGCAACAUCAAGUGCAAGGAGCUGAAGGAGGAGGUGGAGGCGGUCGAGAAAACCUGCACCGAGUGCAUCGAGAACAAGAAUGCGGUCAUCAAGCGGCUGCUGUGCGAUCUGGACGAGUCGGAGGAUCUCUACUCGACCAUGCUGCACGCACAUAUGGAGCGGGUGGAGAAGAUUAUACGGAUCCACAAUGAUCGCGUUAACUUUCUCAUGCAGCUGUACGAGCUGGACAAGCGGGAGCUGAUCGAGAACUACGAGCGCGAGAUGGAUCUGUACAAGUCGAAGAAGUUCGGUCUACAGAAGGACCUGGAGUGUGUGUUCUACGGGUUGGUGGAAAAGGCCCGCACCGAUCGGCUCCGGAACGACGAAGAUCAUAUGCUGAAGAAGGACGAGCUAAAGAAUUCGAUGAUACUGAAGCUGGAAAUGAUCACCAAAGAGCGCGAGCGGGAAAUGGAACGCCUGUGGAAGGAGUUCCAGCGGGUGCUGAAUCUGUACCUGCGCAACACCGAGGAGUACCGGAACGAGUACAACACGCUGCGCGAUCAGGACUCGAGCGAUACGAAAAACAUUCAGGACCACUACGCCGAGGUGGCCCGGCUGAGCGAUCAGAUUGCCGACUUGCGGCUCAAGCUGGCCACCCUCAAGGAGGAGCACGAGUUCAACAUGAAGCAGAUGCAAAAGAGCAAAGCGGAACUGCAGCUGCGGGUGCAGAACCUCAAGCAGGAGAUGGAGGUGGGCAGUCGGCUCGACCAGGAGCAGCUGAAGACGCUCGCCGUGUACAGUAACGAUGCGAUCAAGCACCUCCAGGGGGUGCUAAAGAAGGUUAAAUCCAUCUUCCAGAUAGCGACAUUUUGCAAAAAGUAUGAAACGGAAUCGGAAGACCUGCUGCCGUUUGUGCAAAGCUCCCUAGGGAAGGCUCCUCCAAGAGCGGUUCCCUCGUCUUCCGGGGGUUCCGAGGCGACGAGCGAGCACGGUGAGGCUACAUCGGAACCGGAUGGCACAGUGGCCCUCAUCGAUGGUACGAUGGAAAGCUUCAAGCGGGAGGUGUUCGAUACGGCGGAACUGUUCGAAAACUUCUGGAUGCGCUUCAAUAAGGCACGCAUCGAUGUGGCCUGUUUGCGCGAAGAGAAGCAGCAGCUCAUCGAGCGAAAUGAGCAGCUAAAGGGGCACCUGAAGGACUACCUCAUUACGGUCAACAUGAACAGCGGAGGCCCGGUGGAAACGCACGAGGAUCUCCUAACGAAGCGCCCAACGUCGAUGAAGAUCGAGAAGCUGGUACGCAUCGACGAGCAGGUGAUCGUGGAUGACCGUGGCCUCGGUGCCAACCGGAAGGCCGUCCGGUUCCGCUCCAACGGACAACGGCGCCCCGUCACCUGCAUCGAGGGUAACCUCAGCAACGCGAUCCGCAACGAUCGGCUUCUGGGCGUUCGGGCGAAGACAUCGGAUAUUUACUCGAUGGUACAGAAUACGGCCUAG